AUGUCGGGUUACGGUUACGGUCCUCCACCUCCUCCGCCGCCGGCUUCUUCUGGUGGUCCGCCGAGCUAUGGGCCUCAAGCUCCAUCCUAUCCCCAGCAUGGCCAGAGUCGGGGAGGGCAUCAUGGCCGAGGACGCGGUGGCCAUUACAGCGGUGGUCGCGGAGACUACCACGGUUCACCUCAAGGCCAAUACGAGUACGCUGGUCAGCCAUAUCCUGCUCAUCAUAACCCUCCUCAGUACGGCGCUGCACACCCACCUGCUGGUAGUUAUCCCCCUCAGCCUCAAUGGGGCCCUGAGCAUGGACAUCCAGCUCAUGGACAUCCACAAGCUCCUAUCGCUUCUAACAACUACCAUCCCAAUUACGCCGCUCAGCCAUACCCACCUGCUCAAUACCCGCAACAACCCCCUUAUGGCGGUCCACAGGCCUACCCCUAUCAAGGACCUCCUCCUCCUCCAAACCAAGCCCAGUGGAAUGGUGGUGGACAGCCGGCUGUAGUUCAUUAUGGCAAUGGAAGGUCCCGUGGCGGUUUCAAUGAUCGCAACGGACCAAAGCCUCCAUUGAAUGGCCCUGUUCGCCCUGGCUACGAGCAUGAAGCCAUGCCGCCAGCCAAUGGAUAUGGCCAACCAUACCCUCAUGAUCCUCGCGCGGUUCAUUACCCUCCUCCCCAAUAUCCUACGUAUCCUGGUCCCCCACCACCUCCUGCUCAUAGUCAAGAUGGCUACUACGGUCACAACAACCGCCGUGGUCGAGGAGGUUUUAGAGAUGGAAACUCUCGUGGACGUGGAGGCCACCAUGGAAAUGACAAGCCGCGUCACCCGAAACAUGGGCAAAACGAUGUCAACCAUAACAAGUCCGAAGCUCCUACCCAGGGCAAGAAGAAGAAACGCAAGACAAACACACUGGGCUUGACCCCUGGUAUGGAAUCAGAGUCUGAAGACGAUGAAGGAGAGGAGAAGGUAUUGACCGAUUUGAUCGGUCAAGAAACACUCAAUGUCAAAGAUGUUGCCGCAUUCUUAGCAGACAGGAAAAAGCAUUUCCCUACACAGGCCCGUGUUGAGGCGAAAAAGACUGCCGAGGUGGCACAUAACGGCGAAGACAAGGCUUCCUCGCUAGAGAAACAGGCCGACAAACUGAGACGACAACUACGCAAAGUCGAGUCGUCGAUCAAGCGAAAAAGAGAGCAAGGCGAUGAGGGCGACGAAAUGCGAGAUCCAUCUGAGGAAUCUUCCGACGACGAGCCAGAAGUUAUGUCUACUCGUUCGCACGUCGCUCCUCCACCUCCUCCGCCGGCCAAGAAAGCCGACGUUUCCAAGCAUUGUAAAUAUUAUUCCACUGGUGGAACUUGCGGCAAGAAGGGCAAGUGCCGCUUCGUCCAUGAUCCUGAGGUUCGCGAAGCGGCUAUGAAGGACCGUGAGGCCAAUAAUGGACGGCUCACGAUUCAGCAACGACUGAUUCUCAACGAUAAGGAGCAAGAAGAUCUUACUGUCCUCCAGUCAAUCCAGUAUCUCCGCAAAAAGGGCCUCAUGGAACCCGAAGAUCCAGAGAUGAAAGCAGAGCCCAAGCUAGUCAAACCUGAUCUCCCAGCGCAUCCUCCCCCACCAAGCCUGCUCCCUGCUGCAUCGGCCUCUUUGCCCCCUCCCCCUAUCAAGCGAGAACCCAACCUACCUCGCCAUAACCCACCCCCAUCCAUUGUCCCUAGUGCCAAAAGCACUCAGGGAGUCAAACCCUAUCAAGGAUGGAACCUGAGACCCUAUGGGAGCACCAGCGGCAAGUCCAAGAGCAAUGACCUGCCUUGA